GAAAAAGCGGCGCGGCUCGUUCAAGAUGGCGGAGCUCGAUCAGCUGCCUGACGAGAAUACUUGUGAUCAGUGCAGAUCUUGACCUUCUUUGGGAAGAACAAGAUUGGAGUGUCUUGACUUUCUCGCAAUAAGUCUUACAGAUGAAGUGCCUGAGAUCCUUCAGAAUAGCGCUCCAUUCUGAAACACCAGCAUCUCCUCCAUUUGACAGUCCCGAAGACCCUGCUUCUGCCUCUCCAUCUGCAAUGACAUGUUCUUCAGCAAAAGCACUUGUGAGCUUGAAAGAGGGAAGUUUAUCGAGUUCGUGGAAUGAAAAGUAUAAUUCUCUGCAGAAAACACCCAUUUGGAAAAGCAAGAAUGCUGGUUCUGCAGUGGAAAUGCCCUUCAGAAAUUCAAAGCGGAGUCGACUCUUCUGUGAAGAAGAUGACAGACAAAUAAACACAAGGUCACCCAAAAGAAAUCAGAAGGUUGCGAUGGUUCCACAGAAGUUUAAUACAACAAUGCCAACACCAGACAAGAAAGCAUCACAGAAGAUUGGUUUACGGCUUCGUAAUCUGCUCAAACUUCCCAAAGCUCACAAGUGGUGUAUAUAUGAAUGGUUCUAUUCAAAUAUAGAUAAACCACUAUUUGAAGGAGAUAAUGACUUCUGUGUAUGCCUGAAAGAAUCUUUUCCAAAUUUGAAAACCAGAAAAUUGACAAGAGUAGAGUGGGGGAAAAUCAGACGAUUAAUGGGAAAACCACGGAGGUGUUCCUCUGCAUUCUUUGAAGAAGAAAGAUCAGCAUUAAAACAGAAACGACAGAAAAUCAGACUUUUGCAGCAGCGGAAAGUUGCAGAUAUUUCACAGUUCAAAGAUCUUCCAGAAGAAAUUCCAUUACCACUUGUAAUAGGAACAAAAGUUACAGCACGUUUGCGAGGUGUCCAUGAUGGGCUAUUCACUGGACAAAUAGAUGCUGUAGACACUCUUAAUGCCACAUACAGAGUGACUUUUGACAGGGCGGGUCUUGGAACACACACAGUCCCAGAUUAUGAAGUUCUUAGCAAUGAGCCUCAUGAAACCAUGCCAAUUGCUGCCUUUGGACAGAAACAACGGCCUUCAAGGUUCUUUAUGACCCCUCCCCGAUUGAAUUAUGCACCUUCACUCCAGUCUCCAAUUACAGACAGUGAUCCAUUAUUAGGACAAUCUUCAUGGAAAAACAAAAUUUCAGGCACAGAUAGUGAAACACUAGGAGGCUUUCCAGUAGAAUUCCUCAUUCAAGUGGUUUUACUGCAGGAGCGUACACAAAGGGCUGGCCCUUGGUCGAGAGCACAGCUGAGAACAGGCUGUGAAAAAAGGUAUGGUAAGACCAGGUUAUCGAAAAUCCUUAUGAUCAAGAAGGAACACAUCAAACAAUUGAGAGAGAUGAAUACAGAAGCAGAAAAGCUGAAAUCAUACUCUAUGCCAAUAGGUAUCGAGUUUCAGAGGAGGUACGCAACUAUUGUUCUAGAUCUUGAACAACUAAACAAAGACUUAAACAAAGUUUUGCAUAAAGUUCAGCAGUAUUGUUAUGAGCUUGCUCCUGACCAAGGCCUCCAGCCUGCCGACCAACCAACAGAUCUGAGGCGUAGGUGUGAAGAGGAGGCUCAGGAGAUCGUCAGGCAAGCAAAUUCCUCAACGACAGGACAGCUUUGUGUUGAGAGUGAAAAUUUAACUGAUCUUAUCUCUAGACUUACAGCAAUAUUACUGCAAAUUAAGUGUCUAGCAGAAGGAGGUGAUCUGAAUUCCUUUGAAUUUAAAUCACUAACAGAUUCAUUAAAUGACAUUAAGAAUUCAAUAGACUCCUCAAAUAUCAGUUGUUUUCAGAAUAACGUUGAGAUCCAUGUUGCACAUAUUCAGAGUGGUCUGAGCCAGAUGGGAAAUUUACAUGCUUUUGCAGCUAAUAACACCAACAGAGACUGAAAAUUUUCUUUCAAGUGUACAGCAAGUAGUUCUGGAAAAUCCUCUUCCUUUAUAUAGGCUUCACCAAAUAUCCUAACUGCCAGAAGAUAUGGGAAAAGAAAACCUCUCAGAAAGGACCCUUUCAAAUAUAUUCUAUCUGCUUCUUAAGAAAACCAGCAUUACUGGCCAGCAUUACGUUAGAUUCUCCACUUGUUAUUCACAUACAGUAGUUUUGCUAACUGGUAAUCUCUUAGUAAUUGCAUUUAUUAUAAUAAACUUGAAGACACACUUUCAUAUAAUUGGAACUUAGUUUUUAAAAGUUCAGAUUAAUUCUGCACACCUCUUGCUGUUGGCUCUACUGGUAUGUUAGAAGUGAUGAAGCGGAAAUGGCUCACAUUACUAGCGCCCGGCAGGUCUUUGUUAUGGAAAGCUACGCUUCUGUGUGGGUAGGGAGAGUUGCCAUUUCAGCCUUCAGGUAGCGCAGUGCUGAGGCAGGCUGAGGGUUCUUGAUCUAAAGAAGCAGCAGCCGGAUAGGGACAGCAAACAGAAGCUGUAAACUUGAGGAUGUUGGGCAGGCCUAUCGAUCAGUCAGUGUCUUGUUGGAACUUUUAAUUUAUCAUAACUUAUAGAAGGGGUCUAAUGAAGGAAUAUAAAAACAUAACUGGUAACGUUGCAGAAAGAGCUUGGUUAUGGCUUUUUCCCUUCACACGGGGCAAAAGUAGUGCUUUAGUUGGUAUUUUAUAUAAGUGACUGGUUAAACGUAUUGUUUUUCCAAAUUUUUGUUUGUUUUGCACAACUUUUAAAUUAGAUUACUGGUUAUCCAACAGUACCCAACAUAUAUAAAUAUGAAGAUUUUUAUAAUUAAAGAUAACCAGUGAGGUAAACUGCAAAAAUAAAAAGUGACAACCUGCCUAUGAGUACCUUUUGGAAUGUUAAUCUUGUAAAAAGUGUGUAUUGGUUUGUUUAAAUAGUCUUGUAAAGCUUCUGUGUAAUGAAUUGUUUCCAGAUACAAAUUUUCAGAGAUAGCUGUAGAGAUGUUUUUGAUUCUUUUAGAUGCCUCAUUAAAUGAGGCCUUUUAUAUGUUAAUGUAUAAAGAAUAUGUAAACAGGAUUAUUUUCAAUUUUAAAAUUUUGUAUAGUUUAAAGAUGCUUCUGUAUUCUGUGUUGGUAUUGUGCCACUGCAAAACUUUAGUGCAGAGUUUAUAUUUAGCUAAACUUGUUCUGUUAAUUAAGAGAAAUGCAUAAAUCUUUUAUUCUCAAUGAAAUUUGUAACUCAAUAAAUUGACCUAUGAGAGUUGA